UUAGUAUGAAACCAUUGUCUAGUUGCUUGAUAAAUGGAUGACUUGUUUAACGAGUUUCCUGUAUCAGAAGAAUUGUUCGAAGAACCAGUUCAAAGACCAUCUUGUUCUGUUUGUGCUCGACCUCUGCCUGUUUGUGUAUGCCAUUUAAUAACCAAAGAAUUGCAGGUUGCAACCAAAGUAAUAGUUCUUCAACAUCCUGCUGAACAGAAUAGACAGCUUAGAACUGUGCCUCUGCUUGAAGCUUCAUUAGAGAAAGACAAAUGUAUGGUACUGGUUGGAAAAAGAUUUAAAAAUCUCGAAGAGAUAUUAUCAGUGCCAACAGCUUUACUUUUUCCUGGCAAAGAUGCCACUGAUUGCAGUGAAAUUAUUCCUGGUACCUAUAAGCAACUUAUAUGUCUGGAUGGAACAUGGCCUCAAGCUCGUAGACUUUACCAGAAGAAUCGUCAAUUGCACAACAUUCCUAAAGUUAUGUUAAAUUCUCCUCGUAAGAGUGUCUAUUUAAUUCAUUCGCAACCUACAGCACAUCACCUCAGUACCUUGGAAUCAGUGGCCAGAGCAAUUCAAGAAAUGGAAAAACUCGACGGCUUAGAGGAGAAACUGAUUGCUCCUUUGAAAGAGAUGGUCAGAACACAAUUUAGACAUGGUGCUUGUGCCCAUAGUACACAGGACGAAGCUAAGGCAAUUCGAAAACAACAGGUAAAAGAUGGAGAAGCAGAAAAAGACUUCACCAUUGCGCUCCAAUUAGAUAAUUUUGAUUAUGACUCCUUUUGAUAAAACUGAUCAUAAAACUACCAAGCUUGUUCAUAUUACGGCAAAUUCUAGAUAACUGUACCUUUUGCUUUUUGACCCUCAAUUUACCGUGAACAAAUUAAUCAAAUCAUGGUCACCAGAAACCAGUAAUUAAUACAAUUUGAUCAGAUUGACAUUUUUUAUUUAGCCAGGCUAUUGCAUUAUAUGUUGAUUGGCAAUGGAUUUUUAUAUGUUUUUUUUGUGGUAUUAUCAAGUUGAC